CGCCCGCCCUUCCUCGACACCCUCAUUUGCGCUGCAAAACUAUCCUCCUUCUCCACUGCAUCCCAAGGAGGUAGCAACAGCCACAUCAUCACGGCAAGCCGGAUGGGAGAGCGGAGGGGCGGCUGAUGAAAGGGAAGAAGCCGAGCGUUGCCCAGGCGUGGAAGCCGCAAGGAAAACAACCCCUUUGCUCUGGCGCAUCGUCAUCCUAGCAAGGCUUUUUCUUUUUCCUCUAUCGGCGAGGAUCGUAUGUAUAUAAAUACAUAUAUAUUUCUUCCGUGUAUUUCCAAGACUUGCGAUGGUUGAGCGUCAAUGCCAUUGAGCGAAAACAACAGUCAGAGAAAGCGGAGGAGGAGGAGGAGGAGGCGGCGGCCAGAAGAAGAGGAGGAUGAAACUGGAGAUGGUUGUAGUGGCGGAAAGGAAGGAGCCUUAUGCAUCAAAAGGAGAUUCCUACAGCUGCUGAAAGCACCUUCUCCUCCGCGUCAGCCACAAUGGUCUGUACAGGCUGUCAAUGCGUUUGAUGACGUCCCUGUUUUGUGAAAGGGUAAAGGAAACGUGACCAUGUAAGACACACGUUUCCUUCGGCAAUUUCAGGCAAAGGCUAGAACAAAUGUCAAUGGCUUUUCUUUUUUAAAGUCCAUGAAGGAAAACCAAUUGAGGAAUAACUAAGAUCCCACCUCCUUUCCUUAAUAUCUAAUUUUUUUAAAAAAAAUGCCUGCGUGUAGUCCAGACAAUUCCUGGCACUUGAAAAGGCAGAACUUAUUGCAGUGAAUAUGGGAAUGAAAAUUAACCUCAUUUAAUACUCAGCUACUUCCUUUCAGGACUUUCAACAUUUUUACUGAGAAUAUUUUAAUAAAACAACAUUUCCAGUAACCUCUAAGGAUUUCACAUUCAGGGGUGUAUUUUCUCCUCUUCCCCUUCCCAAAUAUGUGCAGCUUUUUGGCCAAUUGAGUAAAUUUUGAUAUUACUGUUAAUAAUGAUGAUAACAAUAGCAACAAGAAGUAAUUUUGCAUUUUAAUAAUUACCUGCUCUGCUGUUCUGUCAGAAGCACAUUUUUUUAAAAAAAUGUUCACAUUAAAUAAAAAUAGUAAUAAGGAGAAAUACUUGACAUGCCAAAUACUGUUGAAAGAACUAUAUUUUUCUCUGCACACCUUUUAGUGACUUGAAAUUCCUUUUCUUCCCUCCUCCUUUUUUUGGAGUUACAACUUGUUAUCAAUUUCCACUACCUGGUUUCUCUGACCCAUCCCAGCACAUUGGGAGUAGAAGGAUCGUUUUGUUUGAUAUUUAAUUUUAAACCUUGAAAAAAAGGGGGGAAAGGUGUCCGUUAAAAAAAAACAGCCGUGGAAGAGAGGUGAGAAGUUCAGUACUUUUUAAAAAAGAUAACCUCAUGCUGUUGAUUUUUUUAAAAAAAACAAACGGGGUUGCUGUGAAAUAUCCUAAAGAUCUUCCUUCAAGUUCCAUUUUGUUAUUCAACUCGAUCUAAUAUAUAUGUGUCAGUGAGGUUGGGUGGGGGCCAGGGAAGGGAAACUGAAAUUAACCAAUCCAGCCCUCUUGCUCUUGGGCUCCUUCUACCGGCCCGUUUUUCCUACCCAACCCUAUCUGGAAGGGAAGGCACAUGUUAAUACCAACUUGUGCAAUCAUUUUAUGGUACUGUUACUACGGAUUGCUGAUCCCUAGACAGAUGUUGCGCCACCAGGGUCUCCUCAAGUGCCGUUGUCGCAUGUUGUUCAAUGACCUGAAGGUCUUCCUCCUGCGAAGACCCCCGGCUCCCCCUCCCCCAUCGCCGCCACCUGUCCCUCUCAUGAACAGUGGAGACCCAGCCUUGAGCUUGCAGGCUUUCAACAACAACACGCUGACUUCGCUGCAUGGAGGGAGAAGGGGACCUUGGAGAGCGCCGACUAGCGAAGGCGGUGGCGGUGGCGGAGGAGCGGGAUCAACAAGCCCUCCGGAAGAAGAGUGGGGGAGUCCCGGGGGAGAGGGAGAGCAGCCCACGCCUAUGAUGAGCAGCACCUCCUCCGAUGACUUCUGCAAAGCGAAAGCCGAGGAUCGGUAUUCCCUGGGGAGUAGUUUGGACAGUGGGAUGAGGACCCCACUCUGCAGGAUCUGCUUUCAGGGUCCUGAGCAGGGUGAGUUGCUGAGUCCAUGUCGGUGUGAUGGGUCAGUGAAAUGUACGCACCAACCCUGUCUGAUCAAAUGGAUCAGUGAGAGGGGAUGUUGGAGCUGUGAGCUGUGUUAUUACAAGUAUCACGUCAUUGCCAUAAGCACAAAGAACCCCCUGCAGUGGCAGGCCAUUUCUUUGACCGUCAUUGAGAAAGUUCAAAUAGCAGCAGCCAUCUUGGGUUCCCUCUUCCUUAUCGCUAGUAUCUCAUGGUUAAUCUGGUCAACCUUCAGUCCUUCUGCAAAAUGGCAGCGCCAAGACCUGCUGUUCCAGAUCUGCUAUGGAAUGUAUGGCUUCAUGGACAUUGUCUGCAUAGGUCUGAUCAUCCAUGAAGGCCCCUCAGUUUACCGGAUUUUUAAACGAUGGCAAGCAGUCAAUCAACAGUGGAAAGUGCUGAACUAUGACAAAACAAAGGACCUGGAGGAUCAAAAAAUGGGGACCAGGACCAACCAACGAACCUCCUCUCAGAAUAACCAUUCAUCCUCCACUGGUGGUGCAGCUAGCAACUCUGCUCCAGCCGACAGUGUGGCCCGGGCAGCUAGUCACACCACAGGCACCUUGUCUGACCACCACUGUGCUUAUACCAUCUUGCAUAUACUCAGCCAUCUGAGGCCUCAUGAACAGAGAAGUCACUCAAACUCAAACAGAGAGCUUGUGAUGAGAGUCACCACAGUCUGAGAUAUGGAAUUCAGGAGGCCUUAAUGCAACACAGACUGGCAGAGGAACACAAGAGCUGGGGAGGGGGUGGCAUGGUAUGCCUUUCCCCACUGCCUGAUCCUCUGCAGCUGCACAAGGGGCACAGAGGCCCUUGGCCAGCCAAGAAUGGUGGAGGCAGAGCCGCACACACAUGCUGACAAGAGCAGAAAGUUUUAUAGUCACUAAAAAUUACAACGAAGUGCAAUACAGACUAAACAAACUGAAGUAGGGCAGGAACUUGCGAAGGCAAGGGGAGUUCAGAUGGUCUACAAGGAAAGGGUUACACUUUAAACAAACACACGCACAUUGAAAAUGGUAGGAAGGAAAGGAAGAUUGGAGUAUUUUUCAAACUGUAUUAACCAGGGGUUCAAGUAUUUGAAUGCGUAAAUUAUUCUGUGGCCAUAUGCCACAGUGUGUUCAAGUGAAAUGGCAGUCAUUGUAUUGCUAUUGCUAUUUUAUACAAGUAAAGAUGCUGCCUAAUUUUUACCAUACAACACACAAAAACUCCUGAUUGACUUCCAUGUAGAGGUUUUCAGGAUAUGUGCCACUGGGAGGGGGAGUAUGACCUUUAUUGGAGCUGUACAAGCUUUCAAAGCACAAACCACUGGUGGGUGAUCUAUGCCUUUCCUCACUGCAGGUUUCAGCAACUUGAAUUAUCUCAUGCAUAAACACUGUAUUUUAUUUGUGGAGGUUUAGAAAUGGAACUGCCAGAUUUAAUUUCCUGCUUGGUCUCUCCAACAUAAUCUCCAACACCAGUUCAUUUCCCUCGGUAUCAGUGAUUUGUUAAGAGAUCCAUGAUAUUUAUUUAUUUAUUUGUAUAUCUGUCUAACUGCUCCUUGCUUUGCAGGAUGCCAUGUUGUUUCACUGAAAUGUUUUUUUCCGUUCAAUCAUUAAGUCAAGGUAUUUACAUUUAAGUGAGAAUGGAUCCAAGUUAUUCUAUAGACUUAAAUUAGUUUAAUCAUCAUUCCUGUUCCACAAGGAAAUCUGAGAAGAGCUCUAACAAUUUUUAUCACCCUCACCAAACCGCAUUUUUCAGGAUUCCUUAGGGGGAGCUAUGAUGGUUACUCCUCUCUGUGCUCAUAUUUCUGCAGUUGCCAGGAGCUGUAGUAUCCCUGAUCACAUUCAGAAUCUACUGUGAAGUGGAUUCUCGUUAGUUUUGAUUUUUUUACAAGUUCACAAAUGGUCAUUUUCAUCUAUUUUUGUAUGUUGAAGCAAAUUGAUGAAUGGUUUGACAUGUGCCAAGAUUGUAACUUGCAACAUCUUGCACAACUUUGAAAACUGGAUUGAUCAGGAUGUGAUAAAUCACAAUUUGGACAUAUGCUGACUCGUUCACAAGACUAAUUCAGUGCCAAAAUUCACUGAAUAAUCGGCUUGAUUUUAACUUGUAAAAAAUAGUCAUAAAUAAGGCUCAUUUCAGGUACCAGGAGAUCUAUCUAUAUACCAUUCACUAGGCAGAACUUGUGAAAAUAUCCAUUAUCACUUGUGAAAAUAUCUCAAGAGAAUGCGGGAGGGGGGGGGGGUGUCCUGAAAAUGAAGAUUCCCUCAUUACUCAAUGUCCCAGUCCAGUAUAGUGGCUUUUGCCGUAAUAUGAACAAUGUCAGAAAGUUCAAGCCGGCCAUAUGGAGUGUGAGAGAAUACUAGACUAAAUGGAGGUUUGCUGUGAUCUGGAAUGGGCAUUCUUACAUCUUGCCCCAAUCAGUGACAUUUAAUAUGGAGCCUAUGAAUGCCACUAUUGACAUAUUCUUUGUGACAUUGGCUUUCAUAAACUCUAUGCAUAUUAGUUCCAUGAGAGGUAUCCUAUGGGGAAGAACUGUUUGAUGGUGUCCAUGAGAGUGCUGUAAUGUCCUGUCCAAACAUUAGCCUGUAGACAUGGUCAAUCCAGCAUGGACUGUUGUGGCUUUUCAAAAGUUCAUGAAAAAGAUGUUUCUAGGUUGUACUACCUGCUGUUCAGGUACUUUUUUUUAUCAAAGCACAGCUUACUUGUCAAUAUGGGAACAAUGUUGGCAAGGACUUUUUAAAUGCUAUCUGAGCACAUCUGAAACCUUGCCAUACUAGAAAAUCAAAAUAUAUUUACCUGCUGACUUUGCCUUUUCCACUUCCUAACUCCUCUCCCUGCUCAUCAUGAAAGGAUAAGUCUCUUCCAUUGCAACUCCAUCUAGAUUAGCAAUUUCUCCCAGAAAAAAUAAACUGAUUCUCCAGGCCAUUUGCUAAUUAAAUAUAGAGAAAUUAACUUCAUGCCAUCAUGGCCUUGCUCAGAAGAUUUGUUUAUAUCAAUGAUUACCCUGGUAGACUGCAAUCACAAGAUGGGUGAGAAUGCACAGCGAUAGCACCAGGGUUUGUGAACUUGUUUGCCACCACAAAGUUAGCAGUGGGAAAUUCUCACAGUGCAGGUUUCAGUUAAGAGCUGAGAUCCUCUUCAAUCUCUCUUCCAGCAGUAGCCUUUGAAAAAUGUGCUGCCCGUCCUCCUGCUAUGGCAGCAGCUCUUGUUGCACAUCAUUUUUUAAAAAAAAAUAAGUGGAAUUGACACUGCAAGGCCACUCCCGCAGCAAACUUGGAACGGACAUCAGGUAGUUCUAGGGCUGCCAGUGAAAGCUUCAGAAGCAGCUACAUCAUGGGGGGUUGAGGGCAGAUCAUCUACACAGUAAUGACACUUAAGGGGAAAAAACAGACGUGAAAUUGAGUAGUUCUGGGUAUCAGCAGAAACUGACUGGUAAAA